AUGCUCACAAAAAACAGGUCUUGCUUGAUAAUCUGUGUGUUGUUUUUCUUAUGUUUUUCUAUAAGCCUUAAUCUCUCCGAAGGAGCUGAUAGCAUCACAGCAAACCAAUCUCUGUCUGUAAACCAGACAAUUAUCUCUGCUGGAGAGACUUUUGAACUGGGAUUCUUCAGACCAGGUAAGUCUUCAAGGUAUUAUGUUGGAACAUGGUACAAAAAUGUUAGUCAAAGGACUAUAGUUUGGGUAGCAAAUAGGGAGAAUCCCAUUUCAGACGUUAAUUCUGCAGAACUGAAAAUUUUAGAUGGGAAUUUGGUGCUUAUUGAAAAAGCCCAUGUUCGGGUUUGGUCCACGAAUAUAAACUCAACAACCUCAAAUUCGGUAGUGGCAACUCUAGGUGAUGAUGGGAAUUUAGUUUUGAGAGAUGGGUCAGAACCUAGGACAAGUGAAGGAUUUUGGCAAAGUUUUGAUAAUCCAGCAGAUACAUGUAUGCCUGGUGGCAAAAUUGCUUAUGACAAACGAACGAAAACAAAGCAGCUCUUUAUAUCUUGGAGAAAUUCUGAGGAUCCUGCACCUGGGCUUUUCUCCCUUGAACUAGAUCCUAAUGGGAGACAGAUUAUUAUAAGAUGGAAUAGGAAUGAACAGUACUGGGCUAGUGGAGCUUGGAAUGGGCAUAUAUUCAGUUUAGUGCCCGAAAUGAGGCUGAAUUAUAUUUAUAAUUAUAGUUAUGAAGAUAAGGAAAAUGAGAGUUAUUUCACAUAUUCGUUUUAUGAUCCUUCCUUUAUAUCUCGAUUCGUGAUGGAUGUUUCCGGGCAAAUUAAGCAAUUUUCGUGGUCGGAGAAUAUGAAGGAGUGGAAGUUGUUUUGGUCUCAACCAAGGCAGCAAUGUGAAGUGUAUGCUUAUUGUGGGGCAUAUGGUAGCUGCAAUCAGAAUUCAUUGCCCUUCUGUUCUUGUUUGCCUGGAUUUAAGGAAAAGUUGGAGAAUGAUUGGAAUUUGAAGGAUUAUUCAGGUGGCUGUGAAAGAGAGAUCAAUUUGCUGCAGUGUGAGAAUGGUAGUACUUCUACGGGGACGAAAGACAAGUUUUUGCCAAAUCCUCAAGUUAGGCUACCUAAAAAUUCUCAAUCGAUGAUGGCGGGGAGUGCUGGAGAAUGUGAAUCUGUCUGCUUGAAUAAUUGCUCUUGUACAGCUUAUUCUUACGAUGGCAAUUGCAUGGUUUGGAAUGGGGAAAUAAUGAAUUUGCAACAACUCUCGGAAAAUGAUGGCAGUGGGAGAACUAUCUAUAUUCGACUUGCUGCCUCUGCUCCUCAGUUUUCGAGCAACAAAAAGAAUAAAGGGGUUGUCAUGGGCGCUGUUGUGGGUUCUGUUGCUGUUGUUAUGGUGCUCUUGGCAUUUGUUGGGGUCAUGAUCUGGAGACAUCGAAGGCGUAGAGUUGGAGCUAAAAAAGCCGUUGAGGGUUCAAUGGUAGCAUUCGGCUUUGGCAUGAUGCUUUUUGAAUUCAUAUCUGGGAGGCGAAACUCUGAGCAAUCUGAAGAUGGGAUGGUUAAAUUCUUCCCAUCUUUUGCUGCGAGUGUGAUAGCAGAGGGUGGCGACAUUCUUGGCCUAUUAGACCCUGCAUUAGAUAGACACGUUGAUGCAGAAGAGGUAUCGAAAAUAUGUAAAGUUGCUAGUUGGUGCAUACAAGAUGAGGAAAAUAUUAGGCCAUCAAUGGGCCAUGUCGUUCAGAUUCUUGAAGGCAUCUUGGAUGUGAACUUGCCUCCAAUCCCACGAUCUCUUAAAUUGUUCGUCGAAAGUCAGGAACAGAUAGUGUUCUUCACUGAUUCCUCCUCGGGCCAGAGUUCUCAAACGCUGUGCGGACUGCCUCUCAAUCCAAGAGAACCACAUCAACAAAUUAGCGCGUAA